AUGGAAACAGCGAAGAAGUCCCAAGGUGACCUUUACACCAUCUGCCUCUUUUUCCUCAAAACCAAUUCUUUCUCGAAUGUGAUGUUUAUUCUAAUCGAGUGUCUGCAACGCUUCCUAACUGGCUUAGAUGCCAAGGAUAUCGGAUGUUACCAAAAGUGCAUUCUCCAUAACACGCCUAUUAGGCGACGUGUCUGUCUCUCAAUUCGUACAACUAUGCAACGUUACUUUCUCUUCUCUUUCAAGCUACUCUUUAAAAGACUGAUCUAUCUAUCUAUCUAUCUAUCUAUCUAUCACAAAAAUAAUGCAGAAGAGAAAAGUAAUGUAUUUCAUCAAUUUGAAUUUGUUGAUAUCUAUCUAUCUAUCUAUCUAUCUGAGUCUCUUCAUAUCUAUCUAUCUAUCUAUCAACUUCUUUCAUUCCAUCGCGUAGCAGAUGUGCUCCUGAACGAUUUCUGUUCUUAG